AUGGCCGUAUUCGACAGCAAAAAGUUCCAAUCCUCGGCGGCGACUAACACCUUCGCCGCCAAGUACCGAGCGCAAAUGGCUAAGAGGCCAUUCCUCCUAUUCGGUCUGCCUUUCGUGGCCGUUAUGGUUGCCGGUUCAUUCGUCUUGACGCCAGCUACAGCGAUCCGCUACGAAAAGUACGAUAGAAGGGUGCGACAGGUUACCAGGGAUGAGGAGCUGAACAUGCGUCGGUCAGCACGCAAGGUGGACAUGAAGGAGGAAUACUACCGACUUGCGGCCAAGGACAUCGACAACUGGGAGCAGAAGCGUGUCAAGCGAUUCGCCGGCGAACAUGAUGGCAUCAUUGGCGAGUAG